CUUUGCUCUCCUCUCUAGAGUCUUCACUCUCUACUAUCCCCAGAAAGCUGUGUUUCUUCCUUCGUUGCUCCUCAGGGAAUGCAGAGUCCUUCACAAACCCAUUAAAGGGUUCCUCUCCAUUUACUUUCAAAAAUUUCCUAAUCCUGUGUUUCUUUCGUAUUCUUAGGCCAUGAAGAAGAAGACGCUUUAAUGUUCUUCACGAAAUGUAGAGGACGGAGCAGAUUUCUCUCCUUUUCUGAUAAUGGUGGCUGCAUUUUCUCGUCCACUAACUCCUUCACGGCAAUCUUCGGCACAACAACGGCAAGAAGAGCAAAAUGCCCAUUUGGAAAACCCAACUGGGUCGUCCACAAGACUUCCUCUUAAGGAUAAUGGCGUCGUUGCGAGAAAACCCAGAGGGAGACAGGUUUCGUCCAGGUACUUGUCGCCUUCGCCGUCAACAUCUUCGUCCUCGGCGACUGCGCCAGCAAAAACGACGAGGUUUCCUUCUCCUCUCAUUUCUCGGUCCACCAAUUCUACUUCUAGUUCAACCCCAACACCGAAAAUGCUUUCUUCACUUCCAAAGCGGUCCCAAUCUGUGGACCGGAGGCGGUCCGGAGCUCCAGUGCCUCAGGGGAAUGGUAAUGCCUCUGAAUUAUCCGCCGCCACAAAAAUGUUGAUCACUUCGACCAGGAGUUUGUCUGUUUCUUUUCAAGGGGAGGCCUUUUCACUUCCGAUUAGUAAGACCAAGGCGCAGACAGCUCCUGCCUUGAGCAGGAAAUCCACCCCAGAAAGACGCAGAGCCACUCCUGUGAGAGAUCAUGGGGAGAACUCGAAGCCAAUGGAUCAGCAGCGGUGGCCUGCGAGAAGUCGUCAGGGGAAUUUGAGUUCUAAUCCGUUGUCUAGGAGCUUGGAUUACAAUAGUGAGAGGAAGAAGUCUGGUGGGUUUGGAUCUGGUGUCAUGAGGUUGAAGUCAUUGCAGCAAUCUAUGAUGCUUGAUGAUAGUAGUAGGAGGUUGUCUUUCGAUGGUGGUAGUAGGUUGAGUCUGGAUUUGGGCAGUGUUGAGUUGCUGAAGGAAACUAAGCAAAACCCAGAUGCUAGUUCAGUGAAUGAGGCUUCUUCGUUCUCUUGUGAUCUCACUGCAUCUGAUACAGAUAGUGUGUCCUCUGGAAGUACCAAUUCAGGGGCACAAGAAUGUGGAGGAAGUGGGAUUUUAAGAGGGCUGAGUAUGCCCCGUGGUAUUGUUGUGUCAGCAAGAUUUUGGCAGGAGACAAAUAGCCGGUUAAGACGGUUACAGGAUCCUGGGUUACCAUUUUCUACUAGCCCUGGGUCUAGCAUUGGUGCCUCAUCAAAGCUCAAUCAAUCAAAAAGGUUUUCCAAUGAUGGUGUGAUGUCCUCUCCAAGGACAAUGGCUUCCCCAGUAAGGGGAGCUACCAGGCCUGCAUCACCUAGUAAGCUUUGGACAUCUUCAGCUUCAUCACCAUUGAGGGGGUUAAGUCCUGCCCGGGUGAGAAACGCUAUUGGUGGUCAGAUGAAUAGUAACUCUACAAAUACACCUUCCAUUCUUAGCUUCUCUGUUGACAUUCGGAGGGGAAAGGUGGGGGAAGAUCAAAUUGUUGAUGCACAUACGUUGAGGCUUCUAUAUAACCGUUACUUGCAAUGGAGACUUGUAAAUGCAAGAGCAGAUGCUACGUUCAUGGUGCAGAAACUCGAUGCAGAGAAAAAUCUUUGGAAUGCAUGGGUAACAAUAUCUGAACUGAGGCAUUCUGUCACCCUUAGAAGGAUCAAGUUGCUGUUGCUAAGGCAGAAGUUGAAACUUACUUCCAUCCUCAAGGGACAAAUGUGCUGUUUAGAAGAAUGGGCUCUCUUAGAUAGGGACCACUCUAGUUCUUUGCUAGGAGCAACUGAAGCUUUGAAGGCCAGUACCCUUCGUCUUCCUAUUGUUGGAAAUGCAAUGGUUGAUAUGCAAGAUCUAAACGAUGCUGUUGGUUCAGCAGUAGAUGUGAUGCAAGCAAUGGCAUCCUCAAUAUGCUUGCUCUCAUCAAAGGUGGAGGAAAUGAAUUCCUUGGUGGCGGAACUCGUGAAUGUGACAGCAAAGGAGAAGAUUAUGCUUGAACGAUGUAGAGAUUUCUUGUCUACAAUAGCAGCCAUGCAGCAUGACAUGGAAGGACUAAGCAUUGCUCCAUCCAAACAUGACAUUAAGGCACGGUAAUAAGUAUACAUUUUACUUAUGAAAGGUAUUUUAUAGGUGGAAAGUGGCAAAGAAUUAUAUCAAUGUUUUGUUGAUUGUGUUAGGUAAGACUUCUUUGUUAAAUAACCUAUCCUCUACAGUAAAUUCAAAGUCUUCUU